UAAUUUUAAGAAACUUCGAGGACAUAAACGUAAAUUCACAAGUCUUAAAAUUUUGCCUAUUUAUAGUAAGCUUUCUUUAAUUCCCAAUUUUUUUUUCAAUCAAAGAUGUCAGGAGAAGAAGAAGAAAACGCCGCUGAGCUCAAGAUUGGUGAUGAGUUUUUGAAGGCCAAAUGUCUUAUGAAUUGUGAAGUCGCAUUGAUUCUUGAACACAAGUAUGAGCAGCUUCAGCAGAUGUCUGAUGAUCCAACGAAUCAGAUUUCACAGGUAUUUGAAAAGUCACUGCAAUAUGUGAAGCGUUUCAGUCGGUACAAGAACCCUGAUGCUGUUAGACAAGCUCGAGAGAUCCUAAGUAGGUAUCCACUUGCUGAAUUUGAGCUCUGCGUUCUUGGGAAUCUUUGUCCAGAAACCGUUGAAGAAGGUAUUGCCAUGGUCCCAUCCAUCAAGAAUAGAGGACGUGCACUUGACGAGGAAGCUAUUGAGAAAAUGCUAACAGACCUUUCUCUAAUAAAGAAAUUUGAGUAGUCAUCAUUGUGCUGGUCUUGCUACGCUGCAGCAGUCUGCUUCCAAGCCACCCACUUCCAUGUAGCUUCCAUGUACUUUUGGGUAGCAGCUCUGUAAUAUAAUUUUCUCUCCGGACAUUUUGUUUCUUUUGGAAGUUGGUUUUAGCUUGCAACCCUUUGGUAGAGACCCAACCCGUGUUAUUAAUUAAGCUUAUAAAAAACCAGUGUUAUAUAAA